GAGAGAACUCCGAUUCCCCUCACUCGUCUUCUGGAAAUUGUCUUCUCCAUCCGUGUGUUAGCUUCACCUUCUGUCAAAUACAGACAAGAAGGAUACAAGGAAAGCGACUUCAAAUCCUUCACCACAGGGAGACCUGGAGAACUGCAAGCCUCUCCAAACAUCUCAGAAGCCAAACGGCCAACCCUUGCCAUCCAGACACAUGACUUCACGUCCGAUGGAGACGGUGGGUUUCGCCGUUCUACCCGCACACAUCUUGGCAUCUGCCAUGGAGGAGUUUCCCCAGCAGCUACCCAUCCCCAAGUGUCUGGCUCGGGGCCGAAACCGUCCCCGGCGGCCCCGAGACACCCGCUUCAAGACCCAGCCAGUGACUUUUGCUGAGAUUGCCGAAGUGGAGGAGGAAGGGGCUUCGCCUCUGGAGGAAGAAAGGGCGAGACGGUCCUUCCUUCAGUCGCUGGAGAGCCUCAGGAGAAGCACACAGACUUUGCACCACGCAGGAUCCACACAGAGCUGCCGCACAGCGUCUGCACAGGCUAGUCUGGACUCCAGUGACUCAGACUCGGCACAAUGAGAGAGUGAGAGCAAGGUCUGAAGGAUGACAAGACUGGAACUCAAUGUAUUUCGCACAUAUCUUACUGUUAAAUUCCUCUUUCACAGCCGUUCACAGCAGUUAUGCAUUUAUGGGCAGAUUCCAGUUGAGUAACACUGGCACAGCGAUUGUUUAGCUCCUCUGCAAAGAGCAAAGUUGUAGCAUGCUGGAAGAUUUCAGAAACCACUUAAAUGCUUACGCAAAUUCCUUUUUUUAUUGUAUGAGACUCGAGGACUGGUGAGGUUUCAUCUGUAAUGAACUUGACAAGAGAGGACGUACCAUGUCUGAUUCCAUUUUAAUAGACUAAUGUUAUUCGUAUCCCUUGUGCCUGCUUAAGAUUGCACAGUUGAAUGGGUUCUUCACUGCUGGGCUGGAUGUAGACUGUCACAUUUUGUUAUAACUCAUUGCUGUGCUGACGAGCAAACUAAAACAGAGAUGUAUUUUUACAGAAAAUAAGGCAAACCCUGAUGUCUAAGUCUGCCAGAAUGGUGAACUUA